ACAAGGCGGGGUUGCCGCGGCAGCGGUGGCCGCCAGCGUCCGCGGGAGGGGUCCCGCGGCGGGAGUCCCGGACAGCACCUCGCCUGGGGGCGCCCGAACCAUGGGCACCAAGUGGUUCAGCGGGGCACCCUUCGGGGUGCAGAGCCACAGGUUUGAUGUCUCCGCCGUCUACCCCAAUCAGAAGAAACUCAGCACCUUCACCGAGGCCCCCUACUCCAGGCUUCAUUCUGUGCAAAUGUCCCACAUAGGACCUGGAACCUAUGACUACCAGGAGACCUGCUUCAGCAAGAAGAAACUCAGCAAGGAGGUGGGCACAGGCUGGGCCAGGACCCAGGAAGCCACCCGGCUGACCCAGCUGCCCCACUUCCAGUACGAGGCCAUCAUGAAAGAGAAGCGGUUGCAGAAGGAGAAGCUGGGGCCCGGCUCCUACAACCUCAAAGACUUCUUAGAACAGCUGCAGGAGAAACCGUGCAGCACCCGGGGGCUGCUCAGCUCGGGGGAGACCCGCUUCCGUGGCCUCGUUGGGAACUACUAUCCAGGCCCUGGAAAUUAUGGGGUGAAGGGUAACCCGUACACAAAGCUGGAGGAGAAAGCCCAGAACCGUUCUCAGGUCCUCAUGUGCAGGAUGACCUGCAGGCCACUCCUCUUGGCUCAUCAGGGGAGUGGUCUGGCACCAGGCACCUACUCCUUCAAAAGUGGCAUUGAGACCUACCUGGCACGAUCCAUGGGCACCCGCGGCCCCUACGACACUUUCUCCGGUGACCGAAGCAAGCCCCAGCCUUAUGGACAUUACUCUGUGCAGAAAAAAAAGCCCAGGGAACUGAUGACUUUUACGACCUUCGUGGAAGAGCUUAACUCGCGGCACAAUAAGAAGCGUGGGGUUUUUUCGAAAAUUUCUCGCAACCCGGAAACCCCGACGGAGAGGAUUUACUGGGCGACCCUUAGCCAGUGCCCCCGAAAACUAGCCACGUCUGGUCCCGGUUCGUGGCUUCCUCCAAAGAAGGAAUGCAAACACGUCAACCAGCCACCGUUCCUGCUGUCUUCCAAGCGGAUGGGCAUAAAGGCCUACCAGACGAUUCUGGGAAGCUGGAACCCCGUAGGUGUGGGCCGCUACCUCAACACCUGGCUGAUGGAGACGAAGGACCAACGGCAGCGGUAUCGGUCCCUGUACCUGGGUGGAUCCAAGCGCUACCCCUCUGACCCGGCCUGGGACAGGGUCAUGCAGGAAAGGAUCACACCUUUUACUAAGGGGAAGUGCCCUCCAACAGUGGAUUACAAUUCAGAUCCUACUCCUUAAAGCUGCAUAUGAAGGACAUCUUGUGAUGACCAGAGGGCCCAAAAAGCCUGAAGACAAAUUUGGGGAUGGGAGGAUAGGAGUGGGAAUCUGGGUUGGGGGGGGGGGGCGGGUCUUGGAGAAAGGACACAUGGGAAUGCCUGGAGGGGAAGGAUAUAAUGGGAAUGCUUUUGCUGGAGACAUCUACCUGGAGGUCACAUGGUCUGCUGGGACAGCUGGGGCCAGAUACUUUUUGCUAUGAAAGAUCAGUUAUGCUGAGAAUUCAAACUAGCCAGUGACAUGAACAUGGGAGCCAGACAGCAGAUGGACUAAUGGGGUGGAAUGUGGUUGACACUCUUGGAACCUCUUCUAAAGUCAAAUUGCUUGACUCCCUGAUUAUUAAAAUCCAAAAAGAGGUGGAAAAGUGUAGUAUAUGUCAUAAGACAGCUCUAGGCCCCCUUCUGGUGCUCUCCAUCUCCAUCCCAGGAUGCUUCUGGAAGCUCAGCAGGGCCUAAUGCUACGUAUGAGGAGGCUGCUGGCCUCCAGGCAAGGUGCAGCCAUUGGGAACAAUCGAUUUCACCCUUAGAGUUCAGCCUUGUGAGCACACCAGUCUAGCCUAAAGAUGGAUCUGUGGGGCUGUUCACAAUGUCAUCUUCUUCCCUCACUGUUUUGUGUCAGUGAGAGAUUGUGUAGGAUGGCAGGAGCGUGUUGUCCCUAGAAAAAAAGGAGGCUGAGACACCACUGCCUCAGCCACAAAACUCCACUCUUCAGAGUGAGUGUAUUAUAAAAAGCAGUUACUUUCU